UCCAUUUUCCCUCUGACACUGAGAGGCUGCAUGACAGUGACCUUGCCUAGUCUACUUAGACUGGUCUGUGCUCUUGGUUAUAACAGGCGACGAAAUUAUACAAUGUGUCAACAUUGCUCGCUUUGCGCGCUGCUCCAAUGUUACAAGUGUAACAACUGAAGACUCGUCCGGGUCUGCAUCCCCCCUCGCUAUCACUGCUAAAUUAUAUAUAUAUUUUAAAUGACGGCGGAAUAGACGCGCAUGAAGAGUGGACGGAGAGAAGCAGAUCUUGGAGGAGGUAGAGAGGCGCAGGGAGAUCUGUCCAGCCCUGGUGUCCCCCUUCAUGCGUAGCGUCAUGGAGGCUCCUUUUCCCGCCUCUGGACGCACCAUCACACUCAGGAGCUUCCUCCCAGGCUCAGGAAAUGAGGUGCUGAUGCUGUGCCGGCCGGUAGACUCAAGGCUGGAGCAUGUGGACUUUGAGAGCCUGCUGCAGUGCCUGAGCGUUGGGAGACUCCUACAGGUAUUUGCCUCUCUGCUACUGGAGAGGAGGGUCAUCUUCAUUGCUGACAAACUCAGUGUGCUAUCUCGUUGUGGCCAUGCCGCGCUGGCGCUGCUCUACCCGUUCACCUGGCAGCAUACAAUUGUGCCUGUGCUGCCCGCUAGCAUGCUAGACAUCAGCUGCUCUCCCACUCCCUUCCUCAUGGGGGUGCUGGCGCCCUGCCUGCCCAAACUUCUGGAGCUGCCCAUAGAGGAGGUGCUUAUUGUGGAUUUAUGUACAGACAAAUUUGUCAAACAGCUUGGUGAUGAGGACUGUAUCUUGCUCAGUAAGCUUCAGGCUGGACUGCUGGAGAUCCUGGAGGAGAGAGAGCAGAUACUGAGGCAAGAUGAAGGAGAUUGCACAGGAGGGAUGAAAUUCCUACCGAAGAAGUGACAAUGUCAGCGGUCUGGUUGAAAAUGCUUCUGUAGGAGAAGAUGAGGAUCUUCCGCGGGAUUGGCCAAGACGUGUGCAAAUGAUGUCACGGAUAUAGAUAUGUACUUGAAUCGAUCAGAACAUAAUGGUGUUUGGCACAUAGGCCCACAGUCUUAGAUAUAGAGCUCGGGUUGAGACAGGACCAUACUCUUCGUAUUGCCCUGAAAGCACUCCAUGGCAGAAGGAAGUGUGACUGUAAUUGGAGGAAAACUGGAAAUUUGCAUUUAUGUGCAAACACGUUUCAAUGAAGACUUGACAUGGCAGAAGAAAGGCAGGAGCAACACCAUGUACUUAUGAAAUUUACACAAAACAUUUCAGCUACAAAACUAACCCGUGCCUAUUUCUGUUUUUGCUGUUCAUUUUUAAAAUGUUUGGUUUUAAUCAAGUGUUUUGAGUAUUUGCUCUCAGUAUUAUGGAUAUAGUUAUUUUUAAAUUUAGUUUUGAACUGGUCUAGUUGGAGAAAAAUAAGGUAGGUUACUCUUUUUACCCUUCAGCUCUCUGUUACAAAACAAUGUAAGAAUAAUUGUAUUGUGUGCAUGAUUGUAACUUUAAAUAUGACAUCAGUUUUUAAACUGAGGUUAAUGUAUGUUUUCCCUGACAUUUUGAUGUCCUUGACAAUUGUUCCAAGUAAUGUUUGGAUCAUUAAGAUAAUACAUUAUAUUGACAUUUCUAACAGAUUUUGAAUAGCUCAAUUCUGUAACAAAAUAUUGUGUUUACAAUGUUUAGCUACUCUUAUGCAUUGUUCGCAUUGUGAACUUAAUGUGACAUUGUAUGAACCUAUUUGAAUACCGUAGCAAUUUGAUAUGACAGAUGAAAGCGCUUCACAAAGUUUGAUAAAAACAUGUUCCCAUGUGGGUUUAGAAAGCCAUAAACAGAGAACCAGAAACUAGUCACACCUCAAUCCUAUUGACUGAAGUACUUUUGAACUAUUGUACAGUGUGUGUGUAUAUACAGUGUGUGUGUAUAUACAGUGUGUGUAUAUA